CAAACAGCACAAUUACAGCAUGGAGGAACGUACCGGAACGGAACGCAUCUACGGUGGUUGCGAGGGACCGGAUGCGAUGUACGUGAAGCUCAUCUCGUCCGACGGGCACGAGUUUAUCGUCAAGCGUGAACAUGCACUCACCUCUGGCACGAUCAAGGCAAUGCUUUCCGGGCCCGGCCAGUUCGCCGAGAAUGAAGCGAACGAAGUAAACUUUAGAGAAAUACCUUCCCACGUGCUCGAAAAGGUCUGCAUGUACUUCACCUACAAGGUACGAUACACGAACAGCUCGACGGAAAUACCGGAGUUCCCGAUCGCGCCGGAGAUUGCGCUGGAGCUACUGAUGGCGGCUAACUUUCUCGACUGCUAGGAGCUAG